AUGGCCGAGGCGCCCGCGGACCCCCGGGGCCUGCAUGGCCGCAUCCUGCGGUGGAAGGUGCAGCGCGGCCUCCCAGCUCUCAGCCGAGUCCUCACCAGAAAGGACCUGGCGGCCACCCUUCCUUGGGUGCCCACGGCAGCGCCACCAGGCCUCCGUUUAAAUGUGCAGACCGUCUUUGCCUAUCGUCACCUGCUGGAGUUCAUCGGGAAUGCACUCCAGACCCUCAUGGGUCCAUCUCCAGGGAUGGCCACUUUCCUUAUGCUGGUGGACAAUUUCUGCAUUUGUGAAGGGCACAGCUUGCCUCGCUGUCUCAUGUAUGAGAUUUACAUGGAUACCUGCGGACGGAAUGCUCAGAACCAAGUCAACCCAGCGACAUUUGGGAAGCUCGUGCACCUGGCCUUCCCUGAUCUCGGCACCCGCAGGCUGGGGACCAGAGGCAGCGCCAGGUAUCAUUAUGACGGGAUCUACAUCAAGAAGAGUUCUUUCUUCUACUCUCAGUAUUGCUGCCUCCUGGGUGAGAAGAGAAGCCUCAGUGGAGAUGUUGCCUUUGAAAGAUCUGUUGAUUAUAACAUCAUCCAACAAGAAAGAACUUGUGAAAGUAAUUUACCACUGAAGACUAGUCCGGCCUGCCUUCCUUUAUCUGAAAUCAGAAGAUGUCUGCUUUGGGAGCAAGAACUGGCAAAGAAAUACUCCUACACAAUGAUGGCCCUGCUUGCUGAGGAAUACUGCGGCUACUGUCGAGACAUUUUGCAAAAUGUGAGGAACCAAGAACUCGAGAGGGUGCAAGACUUGCUCACAUCUUUCUGGAAAUCUCUGCAGCAAGAUGUAGUGAUGUUCAUGGCGCUGCCUGACGUGUGCCAGCUCUUGAAGUCCUACGACACACAGCUGUACAGGGGACUUGAGGACCUUCUCCUGCGAGACUUUCUGGAGGAUGUUUCUAUCCAGUACCUGAAAUUGGUCCGGUUAUUCAGCAGGAAAUUUAAGUGGUGGCUUCUUAACGCAUUGGAAGGUUUCCCAUCCAUCUUGCAGGUCUCCAAACUCAAAGAGGUCACCAUGUUUGUCAAGAGACUCAGGAGGAAGACGUACCUCUCUAACAUGGCGAAGACCAUGAGGACUGUGCUGAGAAACAGCAGGAAGGUCAGGCUCUUGAAGUCGGAUCUGCAGGCCAUUGUAAACAAGGGCGCCUUGGACAUCUCUGCGAAGCCCCUGGGAAGUGACCGGAGCCACGCAGAGGCUGCCGAGAGCCACCCAGAGUUGAAAUGUUUAAGCUGUUUAAUUUCUUUGCUGGGAACAUCAACUGAUCUCAGUGUAUUCCUGAAUUGUCUGUCUUCAAAUCUCCAAGCAUUUAUCUUCCAGCCAAGCAAAAGCAAGGAGGAGUUUAUGAAAUUGGCCUCCAGCUUCCAGCUGAAGUGGAACUUCCUCCUCACCGCCGUGAGCAAAGCCAUGACGCUCUGUCACAGGGACAGUUUCGGCUCCUGGCAUCUGUUCCACUUGCUGCUUUUGGAGUACGUGACUCACCUGUUCCAGUCGUGCCUAGAGGAAGAAGAGGAGGAGGAGGACACGGGUAUUCUCAAGGAGGCACUGCCAGGUGACCGGUCUGUCGCCCCGCCGGUCCAGGCCCUCUUCCAACCUCUGGAUCCCUCGCUGCCUCAGAACUACGCAUGCCCGAGCACCGGCCCACGGCAGGGGACCCUGGAGCACGGCAGCCACAGCCUCGGUCCCAUGGGCAUGAGCAACGUGGUUCUCUGGGUCCUGGGCUUCCUGGUGGACACUGCCACGGGCCAUAAGUGUAUCCAAGUCUUGCUGGAAGACAAGGCCACCAAAAGCACCAUGAGGUUCAGCCUUCCCGUGGGAGAAGAAACCCUUGUGAGCCUGACAGAUGGACGGAGGUUCAUGAUUCACACAUCCGAUGUACCCUGAGCGCAGAGAAAGCAAUGCUGAUGUGAAAAGUGGUUAAAAGUAUAUUAAGUUCUAAAGCUUUUAUGUUGCUAUGGGAAAAAGUUUUAUGUAUAUAUUAGAGGUAGCAUGUUAUGUUUGCAUUUAUUUCGAGGAGUUGGUAUAAACUGAUUUAGAGAAUAA